AUGAAUCUAUUAUCAACUUUAUUCGUUGCGUUUAUUGCCACCCAAGCCGUCUUGGCUCAAUAUUAUGGACAUGGACAUGAAGACCACCACGCUGUGCCUCAUUACCAAUUUGAAUAUGGUGUCCACGACCCUCACACGCACGACAUUAAAUCGCAAUACGAACACCGUGAUCAUGAUCAUGUCAAAGGAGGUUACACCAUGAAAGAAGCAGACGGAACUCACAGAAUUGUCGAAUACACUUCUGACCCUCAUCACGGAUUCCAGGCUGUCGUUAAAAGGGUAGGUCAUGCCCAGCACCCAGCUCAUUAUGGUAAACAUGGUCAUGGUCAUGAUUAUGGUGGUGUUGGUGGUACCAGUUAUGUCAAGACUACCCAUUGGGGACAUGGAUCUGGAAAAUGA